UAUGGCGAGUUUUAAUUAUAAUUUUAAGUUCUAGUGCGUUCAUCAAUCGUUAAAACCGCUCAAUUAUCUUCAACUUAUUCAUACCAUGAAGUAAUCUGUUUUUGUUUAUGUUAUAAUUAUUUUAUGACAUGAUUAAUUAACAACAAAAAAAAAAAAAAACUAAGCAUGAAACAAAUUAAUAAAUCGGAAACUGGCGGGCGGUCGCCAUCUUCCGAAUAGAAACUAAUCUUGUGUGUUUUAACACAAGAUUACUUGAAAAAUAUCUACCCUAAUCAGUUUGACAUUCAAUAAACAAUUAAAUUGUGUGAUUAUUUUGAUGUGAUAAAAGUUUGAUUUUGUGUUUACAACAUUUUUGUGAUGUUUGGCAAAGGUUUCGAAUGGGGCGUUGCGUGGAGCCACGGGGAUGACUGAGAACCGAUGUUAUUCUGGAGGCGGCGCUGGCGUGAAGAUGGAACAUUUCCCGGCCGCGCUGGAUCCACGAAAGCAGGAGCUGUUGGAAGCCAGAUUUCUUGGUGCCAGGAUGUCAGCUGGUUCCCAAAUACAGAUGGCACCACAAACGACCGUCAAUUCUACCCAGUCAGUUCAUAGUCAAGACUCCAAUAUGAGUACAGGUUCGUCUCACAGUGAUAAAGAGGUGGACCCAAACACUCCGGAGAAAAUUCCUCGAACACCAUCGGAGCGAACCAAACGAAAACGUAAAGUUGAUGAUGGGGGAGGUUUGCCACCUGUGGGAGGAAAAGGUAUACGUACUGCUACAAGCACAGUGGCUGGAGUGGUUGAUACCAAAAAAACUGUUGAUAUCUUUACAAAACAUCCUGGUAGUAGUCCUAUCCGACAUGGUGGUGCAAAAAGUCCUUCCCCUCAACAGGGCUAUACUGCUUUGUAUCCACCUUCAACCCAACAGGUAGCAUUGCCAUCACCGCAAGUUCCGGUUACUAGUGUACCAUUCGAUUUUUUCAAUAAACAAAAUCCUAGGCCAUUGCCAAUAAUGCCAUCGAAAUCAGUACAGACUGAGCUAACGUGUCAAAAAAUAACAGAAUUUGAGACGCAGGCAUCCUCUGAUUUAGAGGUUCGUAAUAAUAAAAUAGAUGAACUAAAUAGACAGGUUGAAGACCUUAGGCAUCAAGCUGCCGCACAGCAAAAAGUCUUGGAUCAACACAAGCAACAUAUUAAUAAGUGCAUAGAUGUAGUUAAAAAAUUGCUCAAAGAAAAGAGCAACAUAGAAAAGAAAGAAGCGAGACAGAGGUGUAUGCAAAAUAGGUUAAGAUUAGGACAGUUUGUAACGCAAAGAGUAGGUGCAACGUUUCAAGAAAAUUGGACUGAUGGAUAUGCUUUUCAAGAAUUAGCAAGGCGGCAGGAUGAAAUUACUUCAGAGAGAGAAGAAAUAGAUCGUCAAAAGAAAUUAUUAUUAAAGAAAAGACCUUCGAAUAGUGAAACAGGACGUAAAAGAAAUAGUACGGCUACGUCUACAACUUUACAUAAUGGCACGGAAGCAACGUUCCUCAAACCAGACGCUGUUCCUUCGGCCAGUUUUUCAUGGCAAGAAUAUUAUGAAUCUGAUGAAAUUUUAAAGUUAAGGCAAAGCGCGCUUAAGAAAGAAGAUGCGGAUUUACAAUUAGAAAUGGAAAAAUUAGAAAGGGAAAGAAAUUUACAUAUUCGAGAGUUGAAACGUAUUCACAAUGAAGAUCAAUCUAGGUUUAAUAAUCAUCCUGUAUUAAAUGACCGAUAUUUGUUAUUAAUGUUAUUAGGAAAAGGUGGAUUUAGUGAGGUACAUAAAGCGUUUGAUUUAAAAGAACAGCGAUAUGUUGCCUGUAAAGUACACCAACUUAAUAAAGACUGGAAGGAGGAUAAGAAGGCAAAUUACAUUAAGCAUGCUUUACGGGAAUAUAAUAUUCACAAAGCGUUAGAUCAUCCCCGAGUUGUUAAGUUAUUUGAUGUUUUUGAAAUAGAUGCCAAUUCAUUUUGUACUGUUUUGGAAUAUUGUGAUGGACACGAUUUAGAUUUUUAUUUAAAGCAGCACAAAACGAUACCAGAAAGAGAAGCUAGAUCGAUUGUGAUGCAGGUAGUAUCUGCAUUGAAGUACCUGAAUGAGAUUAAGCCACCUGUGAUUCAUUAUGAUUUGAAGCCUGGAAAUAUUUUACUAACUGAAGGAAAUGUUUGUGGUGAAAUAAAAAUCACUGAUUUUGGCCUCAGUAAAGUAAUGGAUGAGGAGAAUUAUAACCCCGAUCACGGUAUGGAUCUUACAUCUCAAGGAGCUGGAACGUAUUGGUAUUUGCCACCGGAAUGUUUUGUUGUUGGAAAAAAUCCACCAAAAAUAUCUUCCAAAGUUGAUGUAUGGAGUGUAGGUGUAAUUUUUUAUCAAUGUUUAUAUGGCAAAAAACCUUUUGGACAUAAUCAAUCUCAAGCAACAAUAUUAGAAGAAAAUACGAUACUCAAAGCGACAGAGGUACAAUUUGCAAAUAAACCAACAGUUAGUAAUGAAGCAAAGAGUUUUAUAAAAAGCUGUUUGGCAUAUCGGAAAGAGGAGCGUAUAGAUGUAUUUUCAUUAGCCCGACAUGAAUAUUUACAACCCCCAAUUCCUAAACACGGUCGAUUGACGAGCUCUCAACAGCAAGCAGCUGCCGUACAACAACAAGCUCAUCACCAGGUACAGCAACAACAGAAUAGUUUCACCGCUGGCAUGUUUGGUGGGAUGAACGCGUCUAGUUCCUCGUAGCUGACAGUCUCUGGCAAACGACGAAAGUGUUCUCGUAUAGUUAAAAAUAAAACAUUUACUAUUUAAUUAAUUAUUAAUAACAAAAUAUACAUUUUAUGUAGCAAUAAUUGCUAUAUUUAAAUCAAAGUCAUAAUAUUUAAAUAAAUAAAACAAAUGAAGUUUGGAAACAAAAAAUGGCCACCAACUUACAAAUGGCAGCACAAUAGAUAGUGUGAAGUUAUUUGUGUGUAUAAGUGAAAACAAAUUGUGUGAAAAACUUUAAAAAAAUAAUUUAAAACAAUUUAAACAUUUAAAAUUAGUGCGAACGAACGUUGACUGGAUGAUAGUUCCUCGUUAGCGGCGCGGCGGUGUGUACAUAGUUUAUUCGGAGGCCGUUGUUUGUGCAGUGCCCGCCUCCACCGGCUCAGUGGACCAUAUACUCUGGGAGUAUUCUGUGAAUACAAACCCUUAUUAAUUAAAACAAAAAAACUACCCCUCUCUUUAUCCAUCCCCUCCCCCCCUACACUCUCUCUAUCUCUCUUCUUACUACUAUUCUAUUACAUUAAUUAUAACCACGUUAUAACGUCUUAUUCGAGCUCUAUUUACUGCUUUACCGCUUCCAGACACAACUGGUUCACAGUGUUGUACAGUUAUUAUGUGGAUGUUUUACGACACAGUUCCACAACAGCAAUCCCUCUAUCAUUUAAAACAAAAACAAAACGUACCAAAUCUUCCCUCCGUUUUUAAACUUUCAUUCAAAAAUAUAGAUAAACAUAAAUAAUAAACAUAGUACUAUAUAAUCUCGUGUUGUAAUAUAUGUUUGAUGUAUUGUCCAAGUUUCAUUUGUUUUUGUUUUGGUUUUCCUACAUAUGAUGUAUUAUAAUUACACAGUGUAAUUAAAUUCGAACGAAAAUGUGAUCCCCCACCUAUAUUUAAUAUAUUAAAAAUUGAUAUAUGCUCAAAAAGGGUGUUAGACGAAUUUCAAUUGGACAAUAUAAUUGUCACCGAAUUAUGAAAAAUUUGUACUAUAUAUUUUUGCUAGUAUUCGAAGUAUUAUUUUAAGGAAAUCGCUAGUCAUUUUCAUUAAAAAAAGAACAUUUUAAUUUAAAAAAAAAAACCAUCUUCAAUUUAAAUUCGUCUUUAAUUUAUUUAAUCAUCGUACUGUAUUUACAAAACCAUCAAAUUUCUUUUUUUAUAAUUUUAAAUGUAAUAUUUUUUUUUUAAAGAAAAAAAGUAAGCAAUAAAGAAGUGUUGUAAUUUUGUUUUUUUUUUAUAAACAAUUUUGUAUAUCUUUGUAUGAAAAUGUAUGAAACUUGGAGUUUGCUCGGCAUAUAAUAUGAUUCUCGUGGUAGAGUUACAAAUAGAUAAGAUAGAGGGCCUGUUAUGACUGUGCUGAUUCAUCAAUCAAUUAAAAAAAAUAUUGUUAACAUGAAUUUUAAUAAAAUGGAGUAUGUUGUAAAAAAAAAAACGAAAUCAUAAAAAAACUCUGGAGACUGAUCAAAAUGGCAUAAUAUGAAGAUUGACGGUGUUUAUAUUUCUCUCAUAAAAUGGCAUUGUAAAAUUUGUGGUUUAAUUUUCUUUUCUUCUGUUUUGGUUAUAUAUUAUUAUAUAUACAAUUCCUUUAUAUGGAAUAUCUCCUAAUAUAUAUCUUUAGAUUUUCGAAGUAAUAAACCUCGUCGAAAUAAACAAUUUUUAAUUAUAAACUUGUAUCGUAUCCAAACUUUCUUCAAGGCGCCAUAAGAUUGAGCAAGAAGAAAUCUUAACCCUUCAGACUGGUCGUUUUUCGUACAACUAUCUUUACCUUUGUGAUGAGAGAAAAUCUCACACCCAAGCGUUAAGAGCGAAAUUUCAAACUUUGUUUAAAACAUUUACAUGUGAAAAUACAUUAAUUCAUACAAAAGAGUAGUAUAUUAUUAAAUUUACUUAUUUAUUAAAUGUUCUCGAUAGACGGUAAUAUCACUUGUAAAAUAUAUUAUAAUAAUUAUCGCAUUUUAUUUAUCUGUCAUCUGUCAUUGAAAAUACAGUGUAUCUACGGAGAUAGCCGAAGUAUAACGAAUUAAUUCGAAUUUCUAUUUUUUUGUAACCGAUUUUACUGAAGUGGUGAGAAAAACUCUCACAGCUCUUGAUUUUUUUUUCUCUAUAUUUUGAGUUAAGUGGUCAUUUACAUUUGAAAUUUUGAAAAAGCAUAUGUCUUAAAAUAAGCGUGAGAGAAUCUAUUUACGCAACCGUUCUGAUAGACUAAAGCAAUAUUAAUACUGUGGUGCAAAACUUAGUAUUCGUGUUAAGUGUCAAGAGUGUUGAUUCUCUUUCGUUGGUCUUGGAGGUUUUAGAAAUACAACUUUGUAAAAAUUGUUUGGAGAAAUAUUAGUGAGGCCGAUCCAUAAACACAAUUUCUGUCUAUCAUGCUCGGAAAAAAUAAUUGCUUUGUUACUCAUGGGGCAAAUCGCGGAAGCGUACGGAAAAAGAAUACCUUUUUCGGGAUUAAAAUAUUUUUAUGUUACAUUUCUAACAUCUCCUAGGCUAGCAACAAGAGUAACAGACAAUAUGAUCGUUUCUGCUGUAUUGAUGAGUCAGCGUAAUGUUAAGAAGGAUAUCACGAAAGCAUUUGAACACGGGAGCCACGUUUGUGAGAUUGCGGGCAUUUAUAGUUAAAAUUUGUUUGUUUUGAAGAUUUAUCACUCCCAAAACUUAGAAAUAAAUAUUUUUGUUGAGAUAUUCCGUGUAUCUUAUAUAUAUAUAUAUAUAUAAAUAUAUAUAUUAGUAUGUAUUGAAGCCGAUAAGUUAUUUUUAUGAAGUGACCUUGCUUUGUAACAUAGGAGUGUGUAUUGUUAUUUUAUU